AUAUAUCAGUUGAGGAUGCUUUUAGAUUCUUACAAGAAUUUCAAAGAUAAAUUCUCCCUCUGAAAAGUUCGUUUUGCGUAUCGCAAUCGUCCGGAGCCCAAUUUCACACUUAUAUUUUUAACUAUUGCGAAUGAAUGAAAUUCUUGAAAACGUACUGGACACCUCUCUGAGAGGUAUCUUGUUAAGAUACACGCUACGUCACUGUGAUGGCAGAUAUCAGCCAAGGAAGAAACUCUAAUUCGGCAUUUUCACAGUCGCCCCAAACCGCUACAGGGAUGGCGAACCGGAAGUUUUGGAGUACACUUCUACUAUUGUUGCUAAUUCCGGAAAUGUAUGCGGAGCCUGCGUGCGACAGCGAUAUCUGGUGUCACGGGCCUCUCUUGAAUGCGGUGCAGACAGCAGGACUUUUCAAAGACUCAAAGACAUUUGUCGAUAUGCCCCUAAAAGUAGACCCAGAAACGAUGAUGAAUGCGUUUAAUAGUCUGAACAGCAGCGUCAAAGAGAAUUCCUCCGAACUUCGGGCAUUCGUGGAUCGGUUCUUCGACCUGCCCGGUAGCGAACUCGUCACGUGGGAACCAGAGGACGCCGUGGAAAACCCAGCAUUUCUCCGUUUUGUGCGAGACCCUGUAUACAGACAGUUCGGCAAGGAUAUGUGCAGUAUGUGGAAACAUUUAGGUAGGAAGAUUAAGCGGAACGUUAAGGAUCACCCGGAAAGAUACUCCCUCAUCUACAUGGAACAUCCCUUCAUCGUACCCGGAGGAAGAUUCAGGGAGACCUAUUACUGGGACUCGUUCUGGGUGGUUAAGGGUUUGCUAUCCUGUGAGAUGACCCAUACCGUUAAAGGAAUGCUGCAAAAUUUUCUUUCUUUAAUAACAAGAUAUGGCAUGAUACCUAAUGGCAGUAGGAUGUACUACACGAAGCGAUCACAGCCACCAUUCUUCAUUCCCAUGGUGCAGCUGUACCUGCAUGCUACGAAUGACACCGAGUUUAUCCGAAGUAACAUUGACAUCAUAGAAAAGGAGUACCUUUUUUGGAAUACUAAUAGAACCGUGGAUUUUCAAUAUGGAGGAAAAUCAGUAACGUUGAAUCGUUACGCGACACCUAUAGAUGAACCAAGGCCGGAAUCGUAUCGAGAAGACAAAGAGACUGCGCGACGUGCUUCCGACAGAGCGCCACCGGAAGUCUACACAAAUCUGGCGUCUGCAGCCGAGUCGGGCUGGGAUUUCUCGUCACGCUGGUUCUCGUCGAGUUACAACGAGACUUUCAAUAAGACCAUGUGGCUGACGUAUAUCGACACGACUGACGUAGUUCCGGUGGAUCUUAACAGCGUUUUGUGCUGGAAUGAACAUAUACUAGAAGGGUUUUUUGCUAUGUUAGGAAACCACAACAAGUCUGCGGAGUAUGCAAGUGAACGCUCCGCACGCAUGCGCACGAUGUCGGAAGUAUUCUGGAAUUCUCGGGCUGGUCAAUGGUUUGACGUUUCGAUAAAAGGUCGACACCAGAGGCAAUCAUUCUACCCGUCUAAUUUAUUUCCGCUUUUCACUGGCUGUUUUGAAACCAACAAAGGCUUGGAGAACGUUUUGAACUACCUUAAGGGCCGCAACUUGCUGAACUUUAUAAGCGGCGUUCCGACGUCUCGGGUGAACACCGGGCAGCAAUGGGACUUUCCCAACGCGUGGCCCCCGCUCAUAGACGCCGUCACAACCGCACUGGAACGCAUCAACGUCAAAAGCCGGGAAGCUGCGUUGAAUCUGGCUGACCAAUGGGUAAAGAGCAACUACGUCGGCUGGCAGCGAAAGAAAAAAAUGUUUGAAAAAUACGUUGUGACAGACUAUGGAUCGCGGGGAAGCGGUGGUGAAUACGACGUCCAGGAAGGGUUCGGCUGGACGAACGGGGUGGUACUUGACCUGCUCCGGCGCUACGGAAAACAACUGACCUAUCACGCUGACCACGUAGCGAACUCGGCCACGUGGAAAGAGACGUCAUCAAUCGCCUGUGCACUGUAUGGAAUUCUUCACGCGAUACUAUAGAUAAUACUUUGUUAGUGCUUUGUGUUCUUCAAUUUAUCCGACGAGUUGCACAAAGGUUUACAUGGUAAAGUAGUCCGCUAUGUACACGAAGUAGCAGUGUAAAGGCAAUGGAAGGCAUGUAAAGCACAAGUUUACACGACACCCAGAGUUUUCUUCUAUAUCUUUUAGCAGAAUCAUGCUUGACAUAGAGGUACUCAUUAUGUUAGUUAACAAAUGGCAGCCGUCUAUGUUUUUGGUAUUUUGAUAUGGUAAACAAAACUUUCUGUGGCUCGUUGAAAGUGUAUAUGUUAGAAUGCUUAAUAAAUUUGAAUCGAGGUAUA